GAGUGACAAAGCCGUUUGAACUGAAACUACACAGCAUUUCAAAUUACUUUGUAAACACAAGCACACUGUGUGGUAAAUAAGUCCGAAGAAACUAAAUAUUGCUUCCAUAUACUCAUUACAAAUACGAGUAAAAAUUGCAUAAAAUUUUAGGCUGGACGUAAAGUUUUGCCGAAAACGGGUAACAGUUUUGUAAUUAUUGUGUACGUAGUGCAAAUUUGUUUAUACUAGUCGUUUGCAUUUAAAUAUACAUAUUGUUCGUUAAUAACUCUCUUUUGGAUGUUGCGUUACUCUGUCUGAAGUUGACUGCUUGGCAUCCGAGGAACAAUUUACAUACACAAGGAGUUGGUACCUUCAUAUCAAUUUGAUAAGCAUUUAAUUGGGUUCAUGGCCACGGAAUUAAGAACAAAUGUAGAAUCAGAAAGAGAGGAACAACCAACUACAGUUGCUGAUGUCAAUCAGCCUCUAUUAAUACGAGGAACUAGCAAUACUCUAACAGUUGAUAAUGAAAAUAAUCUACCUUCUUCUAGUCAUGGUCCAGCAAUCCGAUGGGCUGAAGGUACAGUAGAUAAUGAAUUUAUGGGUAAAAAAAAGUCGAAUUGUUGUUGCAUUUAUGAAAAACCAAGAAAAUGGAAUGAAUCAUCUAGUUCAUCAUCAGAUUAUUCUGAUCAUUCGUCUGAUGAUAACAAUGAUAUAAAUAAACAAAACACACAUAAAAAUACACAUUGUACAGAACAUUGUCGAGGACAUACAAAACGAUGCUUUCGAAAAAAGAAAAACAAUAAAGAUACAAAUCCUGAAAAUUUUGAAAAACCAACUUCAUCUGACUUCAAUCCAAAUGGUUUAUGUUCAUAAUUUAAAUAAUUUUGUUUUAAUAUGGUCAACAUUUGUUGGGGGAAAAGAUAUAUAUACAUACAUACUAGCUGUUUGAAUAGUUUGUUCUGUUUGAUUCGAAUACUUAUUAGUUUGAUUUGUAUUUUGGAGAAUAUAUUUCAAUCUGUUCAUUCUUUGUUUUACUCUUACAUUUUUUCCUUUUAUUACUAUUACUAUUAUGUGAAUAUUUUCCAAUCUGUUGUUACUUAUAAAUAAAAUAUCCUACAGAUGUAUAUUUCCGUUGUCUUCAAACAUCAAAUUUGAAAUAAACUAUAAACAAAC